UGCCUCUCUCCUCUUUUCUCUCUCAUCCCAUUCACAAUUCUAACCGCCUUUUAAACAAAUCACUCUCCGUCGUUCCUCUCCCUUUCUCUCUCUCUCUGCGCGCCUCUUCCGCAAUUCACAGAGACGCCGCAGAGAAAGAAAUAUAAUCAAGUCUAUCAAAACACAUUACGUUCUUAUCUACGCAAAAUGGCGGCACCGAAACAUUCAUUCGGAUUCGGAGUUGUGGCCAUGCUCGCCACUCUCAUUUUCGCUCUUUCACUCCCCGCCGCUGUUCACUCUCAAUCUCUUGCACCUGCACCUGCUCCUACCAGCGACGGAUCAUCGGUUGAUCAAGGAAUAGCUUAUUUGUUGAUGUUGUUGGCACUGGUACUGACCUACAUCAUUCAUUCGGCUGACAUUUCAUCUACCUUCUGAAUUGCAUGUUGAUGUUGGAGAGAGGGCUUUGUGUUUUUAUUUAUUAUUAUUAUGAGUUAUGAUUAAUUAACGUGUUUGUAGAACGCGGCGGAGAAAGGGGAUAAUAUGUUAUGUAAUGAUAAUAAUGAUAGAUUGAGGUGUUAUGUUUGUUUUCCUAGUGAGUGAAGAAAAGAAUAUGAUCAGUUCAUAGUACCAACUUCACAUUUAUGGACCUAGGUAUUAUUGCAAUCUCGUCAAUGUUAUUUCUCUUAGUAAUUUCA